AUGGAUCACGACCGGAUCGGUUCAGACGAUCUCAUUGGAGAGACCCGGAUAGAUAUUGAAAAUCGGUUCCACAGCCCGUACAGAGCCACUUGUGGUCUAAUGCAGAAGUACCACGGACAUGGUUACGCCAAAUGGAAAGACAGUCUGUUGCCGACUGAAAUUUUGGAACGUUUGUGCAAAGCUCGGGGUAAACCUGCUCCGGUUUACAAUCUGUUGGAAAACUUGGUGACGGUGGACGGUCAGGAAUUCCGUAGUAAAACGGAGAUUAAAAACGAAACAGGAAACACGAUCAAAUCAGUGGAACCACUGGCCCUUCAAGUGUUAAACAACUAUCAAAUGAUCGAACCGGAUAUUCGACUUGUGAAAGAACACAUCGAGACCCGUGACCUUGUACAUCCCGAUCGACCCGGCCUGUCUCAAGGCAAAUUACAAAUGUGGGUCGAUCUAUUCGAACGUGAGGUUGCAGUCCCUCCGCCCGCGAUCGAUAUUUCACCCAGACAGCCAUUCAAAUGGGAAUUGCGUGUGAUUGUGUGGAACACAGCAGACGUGAUUCUGAAUGACACGUCACUGUUCUCCUCGGAGCAGAGUAGUGAUAUUUACGUGAAGGGUUGGGUGAAAGGAGUCGGAAUAGAUGAUCAAAAGACCGACGUUCACUAUCGGUAA